AUGGUGAACGUCUGCGUUGCCUUAGAAGGCAGCAAGGUCAAAGAUGGCGACGGCGACGACGACGACAACACCAGCGCCACUUCUGGCUCCAACGACGUGGCCUCGUCGGCCAUCACGUACAUCAUGUCGCAACACCUGGUGCAGACGUAUGUGCCCCCCUCGCCGCAGUACCUGACGGCCGUGUACCGAACCCUGACGUCGAGCUUCCCCGAGUUUUUGGACAGGCCGCUCGAAAUUUGCGACUACACGGGCGGCAAGAGGUCCGAUUGGACAUACCCCGGAGUUCGGGGGCUGCCGCUAGAGGCUUUCUUGUUAGAGGUGGGGCUUCGAGAGGAUCCGCCCUGGACGUUUCCGACGGUGUUGAAGCCGCUCACUGAUCGCUUGGCGUCGGCGGGGGUAACGACAACGGACGAGCUGUGCGAGGCGGCCACGAGCGGGGUCCUCUUGUCGAAGUGA